UGCAAUACAUACAAUAUUUUCAUUUCACGAUUCGUCAUUCAAGAAUACACAUAGUUCAGUGACCGACGCUUUCGGUAUUCAAAUUAUUCUUUGUGUAUUUUCCAAGUACACUUACUCUUCGUAAUUCUAUAAAUUGUCUGUGACUAAAGCGCGGGAAUUUCAGCUGUCAAAUUGCGUGCCCCAACAUAUGCCGGGGCAAGGUGGAUUACUGGUCAGAUUACGCGGAGACAAUCAAAAGAAUCAUCGCAUUGAAGAGAAUGAAUGAUGAGGGGUUUACCAUCACGAGUAAAGGAGUCCAAAACGGAGUUAAUGAAGGUCCUUUAGCAACCCUGCCAAACGAACAGAGAGCAAAACCGAUGGAAAAAGUAUUCGAUUCCAAUGACGUUUCAUACGACAAUGGAGAUGUUGACGACACUGAUGAAGGCCGCACUUCCCAGAAUAACGAUGCUAAGCGCCAACCUGAAUUUGGUCUCGACCGCUGCCAAAGAGUAAAGAUGGAGUAUCGUGGUAUAUGCAUAAGGAGUGUGCUGGCUGAAGCGGCCAUGGAAGUGGGGGAAGCGGCUGUGGACAUCAUGAAACAGGAUGCCCUAAACCAAGUACAUCGUAUACAAAAACGAUUGGAUGACGAAAAUGCGCUCUUGAUUUUGAGUAAAAAAUAAAGAGAAAACUGGCAACACCGAUGAAUAAAAUAACCACCAACAGAUUUAAAUAUUAGUUUGAAUGAAAUUAUUUAUUGCAAAAAGAAAAACGUAAUUAAUCUUUUUGAGUGUAUUAAUGUUAAAGAGAAGAGUGUAUUCUCGCGGUUUUCGAUAUUGCUAGCAUGGCUUUUUUUCUAUUUAAAUGCGCUAGCUUCUAGAUAUGUUAACAGAAAGUUUGGUAUUUUGUAGAAAUUUAGCUUUUUUUUGGAGGAGAUGUCAAAUGGAGGUUAAUUAUUGAUUUGUUUUUGUUAAUUAAACAUGUAUUAACAAUUUUAAGGAUCUCGUGUUAAAGGUGUAAAUAGUAUUUCCUUGUCACUAGUCAAUUUAUUGUUAAGUUAAACUUAUUUUGUCCUAAUUUUGUAGUACGGUAAUAAUUCUUAUUGCAUUGAAGAGCGUUUUUAUGAUUAAUUUAUAACUAAAAAUGUGUUGUCGAAUACCUACUGUUUUUGUUACUUUACUUCCAUGUUUAAUUAGUUGUGGAAAAGUGACGUCAUUUACUGUGGGUAAUAUGUGUUUACAAGCUCAAUAAUAAUAUACUUAUAUGGAAAAUUCGUGUACAAGACAAGUCAACAUAAGUUUUUAAUACGCUUUGGGCAAGAGAUACAAACCUCUUUGGCUUUAUAUACUGAUUGUCGCUCUCAGACUAAAACCUUCAGAUGUUUAAAACUUAUGUUACUUUGAUAACAAAACAACUCUUCUACUCUGUAUUUGAAUAUGAACCUAAGCAAUAAAAAAAUAGAACACAAAUUUAUACAUUAGCUAAUUUUAUAUUGUUUAGUUAAAUCCUAGGUAAUAGUUGGACUAAUUUCUUUGAUUUAUUUCAACCAUUACCAUACUUGCAAAAUGCCAUAAGAUUGCAAAAUUAAUUUCAAACAGAAAAAUACUAUGGAAUUAUUAAUUAUUAACACAUUUUAGUUUUAACUACCAUAUAUCAUAAUAGUACGAAAAUAUAUGUUUUUGAAACCGUCCACAAUGAAAUCACAAUAUAUAUUAUGUUAAAAGAUGGUAAUAUUUUCACGUGGAAUGGCAAUUCUGAUUCUUUAUAAUAAGUAAGUGCAAGUUGGGUAUUACCGAUGCGCUAUCUGAAUGAGCUCUAGUGAAACUAGUCCAUGCUGAAAUAACUUGGUACGUCGGGAAAGAGCUUCAAAAUAUCACCAGCUCUGUCUUAUACAGCGUGCAUGUAUACUUUUGUCUCGCUCCAACGAUCUUUUGACCGUUUUCCGAAGUACCAACUAAUCUUGCAGUGUACUUUCCUAAUGGUGCUUAAUUUUAAGUUAAUACAGGAAGUCGUAUUAGAUUUUUUUAGGUUGUAUGAUCUUAGUUUUUAACUUACCUACUAUUAUUUUCGUUUCAAUGGCAGUAAUUUAUUAUACUAAAUAAUAAAUUAUUAU